CGCAGACUCACACACACGCACACACACUUUGUUGCGGGAGACAUUCGCGGCUCCGGACAAUAAUAAUCAACACGUGGAAUUCGUGCGGCGCGUGCGUGAGGCGCGUGAGCAGCAUGAACCCCCAGUGCGCCCGCUGCGGGAAGAUCGUCUACCCCACGGAGAAAGUGAGCUGCCUGGACAAGACCUGGCAUAAAGGAUGUUUCCACUGCGAGGUUUGCAAAAUGACCCUGAACAUGAAGAACUACAAAGGCUACGACAAGAAGCCGUACUGCAAUGCACAUUACCCCAAGACCACGUUCACCAUCGUGGCCGACACACCGGAGAACCUGAGACUGAGGCAGCAGAGCGAGCUGCAGAGUCAGGUGCGGUACAAGAAGGACUUCGAGGAGAGUAAAGGACGGGGGUUCAGCAUCGUGUCCGACACGCCGGAGAUGCAACGACUCCGAAGGACUCAGGAGCAGAUCAGCAUCCCUCAUUCAGCAGAUGGGCGCUCUGCUCCGGCUCAGGUUCCUCGUCCGGUUUCCUCUGAGCUUCACCAUCUGACACUUAGGAUGCCAGAUGGGAUCAGUCUUCAUCACUCCUCUUCAUCACUCCUCAUCAUCACUCCUUUUCAUGUUUCCUCUUCAUAACUCCUCUU